AUGGCAGGUAAAAAAGUAACUGGUAGGACUAAGCAAUUAUCUUUAAAAUCUACUCCUGAAUUUCAUCAAAGAUUGAAAGUCUUGGCUAAGAAUACUAUACCGAAGGCUUCACAAGAUGAAGUUCCACAGAAAAGGGUAGAAAAAAGACCAUUACCAAAUGAAGAAACAGAAACUAGUUCUAAAAAAAGGAAGAUUAGUGAAUAA